AUAAGUAUUACAUUAUUAUUAUACAAACAACAAGUAGUAAAGUAACUAAUAUUAAAAUACAACCGCCACAAAAUGACUGAUGCACAAAAACAUGAAGCAAAGUAUCAGGAAAUGCAGAAAUAUGUACCAUUCUUACAAAGGGUCAUUGAAAAACUUAAAGUUAACAAUGAACAGCAGACAGAUAAUCCGCGCCAAGCGCAGCUACAAAAAAUGGAAAUGUUAUAUGAUUUGCUAACAAAUAAAGCUAAAAAGAUCAAAAUGGAAACUCUUAUAAAAUGUGAGGGUGUUGUAAUAAAGUUACAAUCCAAAAUUGAAAAGCAAACGAAUUUAUUACAGAAUGAAGAUCCCAUAUUAACUAAUGUUAAACUAAAACAACAAAUGUCCAAUAAACCUUCCACAUCUACAACUAACGAAAACAAUGUUCAAGAAGCUGAAGAUAUUUCAGGACCUGCAAGUCCGCCACCUGAAAUAAUACCAGAUGAUAUAGAACAGCCCGUGGUAAUACCCACAGAAAGGCGCUGCUCUCCGAUAUUGGUUAAUAAAAGACAGCAUGUGAAAGAAGCAACGGAUUCCCAUGCUUCAGAAAACUCAAAACAUUCCACAACUGAACAGUUUCUGAAGAUAAGGCAAAAAGUUUUUUCUGCUGAUCAUAAUCAAAGCAGUAGUAGUAGUAGUGCUACAAAACACAUUGCAGGGCAAGAAAAACAAGCUUAUCAUCCACCUCAUCAUUAUGAUUCUCGCCAGGGCGCUACAACUUAUAAUGCUAAAGAACAUCAAACUCAGCAUUCUAAGCAUUUAAACACCAGCAGACAAAACAGCCCUUUGUCGAGAGAGAAACCCGCCAAUAAGCCUCCAACACCUGCUCCAAAACUCCAAACAGUAAAAGUGGUUAUAACCGAGCCUUUGCCAGCUCAUGUCAAACAGCAACAUUUUCCCACUGCUAGCCAGUAUUUGCCCAGAGCCUCUAUAUGCCAUAAUAAUCUAAGGACCUUGCCUCAAGUGAGUCAAACCAAUGUAGAUCAUAAUGAGGCCUAUAGUCCCGAAGAAUUGUGGGAUCAAUACAAUGAAUCACAUAAAAACAAACCACACAAUACUACUGCACCCUCAACACCACCUGUGUUUAGUCGUUUGGGUGCUAAGGUACCAGACAAUUCUAAUGAUGACCGUCCUUCAACAAGUAAAGCUUCUGGUCGUUACACUCCCAUACCGGAUGUAUUGAAAAGUCCUCCCCUUUCCGUUUCCGAUAUCAAUAAUCUUUUAAUAGAAUCGGGAGCCGAUAAAAUACCAAAAGACAUUUCAGAAAUAGGUUGCAGAAGGACUCCGAAACCGGAAGAUAAUCAGCGGAGAUUUGAGGCUUCGCCCACUAAUAAUUCUUUUGAAGUGGUGCGCAAGAAAUUAGCCCAAAGUGCCCGUAUGAAUUCCCCACUUUCGGCAGAUAAAGAGGAACGUAACAUGUCUCCGCUGCCGAACGAAAGGAUCGCUUUAAAAUACAAUCCACAUCCUAGACAGGAAAGACUACAAUCCAUGUCCUCCACAGAUGGCAGCGAAUGCAGUACACAAUCCAAAAUAAAUGAUCCGCGCAUUAAAUUGAAAAUGCACACAAACAGUGCUUUGAACUCUCCCACCCAAGUGGCGACUUCCCCAAAUGUCAAUGUUUUGCCGGCCAUCAAUUUUAACGAUCCGCGCCUGAAAAAGCAAAAUUUAUUAUCAUUGACAGCAACACCGCCGCCGGCGCCAGUAAAAAUACCUGCGCCCGCCACACCGCCUACUCAUACUUCCACACCCGUUAUAGGGUUCCGCAUAAAAGAUCCCAGAAUCUCCAGAAAUCACAUUAAUCCUUUAUGUGCCAUGCAAACACCGCCAGCACGCAGACCCAGCGUAAAUCAAACUCAAUAUAGUUCAGAGGAAAACUGGGACUCGGAGCCGGAAGAAAAAUCCCGGCCUCCCAACAAAGUUGAUCCCAGGCUGGCAAAAAGAGAACACCAACAUCCUUAUGAAAGUAAUUGUGCAAACUUAACUUCAAAGCCACCACCAAAUAGAAGAAAUAGCAUGAGUCAGUCACGAUUUCAAAUGGAUUCUGCUGCAGCUCAUAAUAGGGCCGUAAGUCAACCAAGAUUUCAAAUGGAUUCUUCUGCGGCUCGUAGUAGGUCCGCAAGUCAACCACGUUUUCAAAUGAAUGCUAGACCUAAUAAUAGGGCCUCGAGUCAACCACGAUUUGAUAAGCCAAAUUGUUCUAAACCAGAUACGGAAGAGAAUUGGGAUUCGGACGAUGAUACGAACGCCUCCAUUAACAAUUCGUUUGGCCAAACUAAUCAACAAAUGAAACAAAAUCAACAUAAACAGUCUCUCUUAAAUAAAGAAACCGAUACUGUACCUAAAUCCAAAAAACAAAGGAACAGAUUGCUGCCUGCAAUUACACAUACAGUUCCCAAUCCACCCAAUUCAGAUACCGAAGAAGAUUGGGACUCAGAACCAGAAAUUACGAAUGAUAAACCAAAAUCUUUAACAAAUAUUGAGUCUGAGGGUAAUAAUGUUAAACCCAAAGCUGUAACACAAUUAUCGUGUGAUAAAUCACCUGGAGUGCCACCCGUAAUGCCAGCUUUCCAUACUCAAAUCUCACCAAAAGGAUUUGCAAGUCCUAUACACAGUUUGCCCUCACCAGUGCCGCAUAAUCCUUAUAAUCAGUCUCCUUAUUCUUUAGUGAGCCCUCACAACAAUAACCAAUUUCCAGUACCCCAUACUGCGGCUAAUAAUCCUUUAGUGGGCCCUCACAACCAUAGCCAAUUUCCAAUGCCCAAUACUGCAGCUAAUAAUCGUUUUAGUUCGGUCUUAAAUGACAAAUCCGAAAGAAUUAAAUAUUUCGAAGCCAAGAAACAGAAAUCUGUACAACCGCGUACAUACAAAGAAUUCAGAGAGGCUAGAGAAAGGGCACAAGCUCAGGAGGCUGCUAUAAAAAGAGCAGCCGAUGAGGCGGAAGCCAAAAAGAGAGCAGCAGAGCUUAAAGAGGCCAACAAAGGUAAAGAAAUAACUAUACAGGAAAGUGAGAAGAAAGAACAACCAAAAGAGACUCCUAAGAAGUUAGAUGAAUGUAAAAAGGAUAAGAAACCAAAUCAAAUUGAAACAACAAAAGCCACAUCAACGCCAUCACAUCAAGAUCAUCAUAAGAAGGCUACUGGUGCUGCAGAAUCGACUUUAGAUAAAAUGUAUCGUACACAAAACUUCAAUUCAAGUUUCCCCAAAUCGGUUACAGCUUUCAAAAUACCAAAAAAGAAAACCGAAGAGAAAAUUAAGGAGCCCGCAACUAAAACCAAUGAAGUGGUAGUACCACCAAAACAACCAGAAACUGAGGUAAUAACUGAGAAAACAAAAUCACAAAGCCAGGAAUCUAAAGAUACAGAUAAAGGAAAGAAUAAUAAAUGUAAUAACAAUAAGAAGGCAAGUGAGCCUGCUCCAUCUAAACCUUUGGUAGCUGAAGAUAGUGAUAAAAUAGAACAAAACCAAGUAAAACCAAAAGGUAUUAAAGAAAAUUCAGCAAAAACUAAGAUGGCUGCAAAUGCAAAUUCCUCUCAAAAAGAAAAACCCAGUAAUGAAGCACCCAAAGAUAAACAAGAAAAACAAACAGAAGCUACCGAAGAUAAAUCAGAUAAAACUUCCCAAAGUAAUAAAAUUGAGACAGAAAAUAAUGAAAAAGAUUCUCAGAAAUCGCACGAACAAUUAAAUGAAAACAAAGCGGAUAAAACGGCUGAAGAUAAUAAGAAAACUAUUCGUGAUCCCAGGUGUAGACCUAAACCGCCAACCAAGGUAAAUCAAACCAUAAAUGAACAAGAGCAGGAUAAAGAAAAACAAAAAGAACCUGUCUCCGAAAAGUUUAAAAUGUUUGAAGAAAUUGUUAUAACAUCAGCGGAAAAUGAGGUCACCCUGAAGCCCCAACAAAAUCUAAGCGCCCUCGAUAAAUUCAAUAAACUUACCCAAGAAUUAACACCCAAGCCUCAGCGUAUCUUACGUAGGCGCAAUACCAUGGUGGUAUUUGAUAGUGCCCCCUUGGUGGACAAAGAGAAAUUAAGAAAAGCCAAUGCUUUACUUUUCGAAGAUGUGCACGACGAGGAGAAACGCAAGCGUAAGCAAGCCGAAGAGGAGCGCAUAACGGCACGACGCAAUAAACACUUGGAGGAAAUGUUCAAGAAAACCGAUGACAAUUGCACGGUGUCAACACAAAAUAUUAUAACGGGCAAACGAAGAACACGAGCCACCAUUAAUUUUAAUGAAACUGCAAACGCCAUUAAUGUUUUUAAACAUAUAUCCGUAAAAGAUACUUCCUUGGAUAAUGUAAAUGGCAACACAACCAGCCAUGCUGCUCAAUUCGUUAAAACCAAUAGAUCAAAUUCUAAAAUAAAAAUGAAAAAUCUAGAAGAGGAUAAAAGCGAUGACGAGAAUUCGGAUAUAACAGCCUCCAAAAGCAACAACAAAGAUACGGCUAAAACUAAUAAAGAAACUAAGGCGGCUAAAACUAAAGCAGCUAAGGAAACUAAAGCCAAAGAAGAAAACAAAACAGAGGAACCACAACCUGAACCAAAAACUAAAACGCAGAAAAAACGCAUGGCGGCCAACAAAAAGGUGAAUGCAUCCAACAACAACAAAGAAGACAGCCAAACGCCUGCAGCAGCUAAUAAUGAAGAUGCUUUCAUGCCCAUACCAGAUGAAGAGCAUCAAAACAGUGUUGUUUCAAGUACAUCAACUGAGAAUUCAGCUGAAGAGGAAGCCUCCUGUUCUAAUACGUCCAACAACAGAUCCUUUAAAAAAGAAUCAGACGAUAAUGAACCCACAAGUACGGCCAACAAGUCCAACAAUCCCACACCCACACCGGAGGCCAAUGUGCAUGUCCUCAAUGAAAUUGUAGAUCAAAUCCUCAAGCCCAAUGCUGAUCGGGAACACAUUUUGGGUUUGUUGGGUCAAAUUUUAAGCGAAGAUAGAUUAGAAGUUAUAAAAUCUUUAAUAGAAAGCAGCAACAGACAACAGACUGAAGAACAACCCGCAAAUAAAGAUGAAACCAUUAAACCAAAAGCUAUAAAAGAAGAGAAAAAUAUAAGCCAACCAACAAAUAAAAAGCAUGAUGAAGAGGAAUUCGAGCCGGACGAACUGGAACCUCUCAAACCCAAAUCUGCUGCGGGAGGAAAAAAAAUUAACAUGCCCAAAAAGAAACGUAGUGAGUUAGAUCGCUUGAAUGAAGACAUUAGAGAUAUGUUUAUAUGUGAGGGAGUAUUAACAGCCACCGGUCGCAGAAUGUGCACUAUUAUGGGCAAAGAGGUGGAAACAGAAGCAGGCAGUAAAUCCACCAAAGAAACAACACCCGCUCCCCUGACUGAACCCGAGAAUACUAACAAAAGAAAGGAAGAUAAGCUUAAGCCGCCGCUAACUACCAGACCCCUAAGGAGAUCGCUGAGAAGUUGUAAAACCAAUGAGGAGACUGAAGAUGAUGCCUUAUCCAUACUCUCGCGCACUACAGAAGAAUCUAUGGAUGACUUCAGUACUACUACCGACACCAGUACCACAAUGGAUACUACACCGCAAAGAAAAAUGCCGAUUUUAAAACCUCAUACACCCAUUAAAAUACCCGAGGAAGUAACAGCUAAAGUUCCCACAACCAAAGAACCCGCAAAUAAAAGAAAAUCAGAUAAUAAAUCGGCCAUAAAGGCGAAAAAAUCAAAAACAAAUCAUAAUGCAACUAAAGACGAUUCAGAAACAGAGGAAAAGGAAUCGGAAACUGAAGUGGAUGAGGAUAAAGACGAAACUGAAACCAAAAACGAAACAAAUGCAAUCGUUUUAAAAAACACCAACAUCCACUGGCAUACUCAAUCCAAAUUUACCACUUGGUGCAUGAUAUGUGACAAAAGAAUACCCGCCAAUGCCAGUUCCCUGCACUACAAUAUUCAUCAUGGCGAAAACUAUAUUUCACGCAUGGCUCCUGUAUUUUUGCAACGCUUUAAGCAGGGAAAACUAAAUCAGCCGCUGUUUGGUGUCAAAAAGGCCCACAAACAAUCCUCCUGGUUCUAUAGAUGCCCGUUUUGCCUGAAAUAUUUCAACACGCCCAUGUCCUUGUGGCUGGAACACUUUCAAAAUCACACCGUCGAACUUCGUUACGAAUGCUCCAAGUGUCAUCGCUGUAGUAAUCGAAGACCCACGAUUUCGCGUCACAUUAGAAACUGCGAAGGAGCUACCAUCUUAAAUUCGAUGGUAAAACUAAACGUACCCACUGCUAUUCAGGCGCAUGUAUGUCAUUUAUGUAAUUUUAUACAAUUGAAACGUUUCAACUUGGAAAGGCAUUAUGUGGAGCAGCAUCACUUGGAUAAGAAAACUGUAGAAUUGUUGGGCUACACUAUAACCUUAUUUGAUGUGGAAAAUGUUGAGUGUGUAACCGAGGACAAGGCGGCCGAAAGAGAAAAUGAGGCUUGGCAAAUGAUUGAGAAGGAUGAGCAGGUAAUUGAUUUGGAAGAUGAAGAGGAUGAAGAAGCAACAGCCACCAAAGAUAAUGCAAUUGAAAAGGAAGAUGCACAGACAUCUAAGGAAAUGAAAAAAGAAAAGGGUAAUACAAAACCAGCUAAAGAAACUGAACAUAAAGAUGAGCCAGAGACUGCGAAGGAAGUUGAAGAAAAGCUAAGUGAAGUUGAGGUAAAAAAUCAAAAGGCCAAACGCAUUUUAGAUUUAGAUGAGUCAAGCGGCACUACAAACCAAAAUAAUGAAAAAGAAGUUGUAGCAAAACCAAUACAAUCCAAAGAUUCAAAUAAACUUGCUCAAAAUAAUGGAAAAGAAGUUGUAGCAAAACCAAUACAAUCUAAAGAUUCAAAUAAACUGGCACAAAAUUUACCAGGAAAAGAUGAAACUUCAAGGAAUGAAAACAUAUCCCUUAAUAAUCAAGCAUCUGAUAAACAACAAGUUAUUGGUAAAGCAACUCUAACAAAAAGUUUAAAUGUUACCCAACCAGGAGUUCAAAAAGCUGCAAAAUAUGAAACAAAACAAAAGAAAGAAACUACAAAUACUUUGGACACAUCAAAUAAUGAUAAAAUAAACACAAAUAAUCGUUCCGAAACUCCACAAAUCCGUAGUAAAACAGCUAAAGCAGAAAGUUUAAAUAAGACUCAACCAAAAGAGCUAAAAGUUGUGAUAACAACAAAACAAAUUCAAAAUUCUGAUGCAGAUGCAGAUCAAAGCCAAAAAGAUAUUAUUGUUUUGGACUUGACCGACAGUGAACCCACAAGCCUGGCUGAUUAUGAGGUAAUAAGUGAAAAAGACACAUAUCAGGACUUGCAAGAUGAACUAUUGGCGUUGGCAGCCGAAGCUGCUGAAAGAGAAGAUGAAACUGAAAAUGAAGCUAAAGAUAAUAAUAGCAAUCAGACACAUGAAAAGGACAACACAAAAGAAAUUGCUAAGGAAACUCCUAAAGAUUGUGCUAAUACUAAUUACAGUGUUCCUCAGCCUCAAACCACAAUGUCUGAUCUUAUUUCAAGCUCCAUAGAUAUGAUUUACAAACGUGGCGAUAGUAGUAAGCGCAAAUCUAUAGGAUUAGACUCUUCAGAGUCUAAAAAACCAAGGCAAACUGCUUCAAAUGCAUUUAUGCCAACAAGAGAUGAAAAUAACUAUUCACCCACCAUCCAGAUAUUGGCACAGUCUAUAAUCAACAUUGAAGAUGACACAAAUGAGGUGGAAAAGACGGCUAACAAACCCAUUACCAUGGCGGAGAGAUUAAGUCAACGUUUAAAGGAUUCGCAAAAUCAAAACACUACAAAAGAUACAGCAGCUCAUAUGAAACCCAAGGAAAAUGCCUUUGAGAAGCUUAUAAAUGAUACUUUACUAGAAUUGGAAAAAGAAAAGGACAGUGUUGCCUCUAGCAAUUCAAACUCUACAGCACAAACACAAGUAUUAGAAAAAGCUUUAACAAAAGCAUCUAAGGAGCCAUUAAAGAGUUUGAAUACAAACGACAUUAUAACGGUCAUAAGCGAUGAUGAGGAUUGGGAAGAUAUUGAAAUUACCGAAACGGCUCCGACGGCCACCUCAACAAAUGCAGGUAAUAUACAAAAGUCCAAGAACAAGGGACUAUUUCAGAAAUUUGGUAUGUUCAAGGGAAAUAACACAAAGUCCAAAAAACACUUGCCACCCAUGGUAUUUAUGCCCAAAAAGAAAACAAAAGAGAAACCCUUACAAAGCACCACAACACCAUCAUCACCCUCACCCACAACUACUACUACUACAACAGCAACUAAAGCUAACAACACCAAUAACUUAACUGCUUCAUCCCAUGUACCUCAUACUAAUUGUAAUGCUCAUCUAGGUUUCAAGCCUGUUAUCAAUAUAAUGGACGAUCUAUUGCCCGACUCUCCCUGUAAUGAUCCCAUUGAUUUAGUGCCGGAACUGGCUCCCUUAGAGCCCUUACAAGACCUUAACGACAUCUCUUCUAUAUUGGACUCCAACUUAAGUGCUGUUAAUAUAAAUGCUGCUGACCAUCAUACCAGCAUUGAGGAUGCUUUAGAUUUUAUAUCCGAACAGCAGGCCAAUGACAAACAAAAGUCUAAAAGUUCAGCUUUGAAAUGCCAGGGCAAGUCUGUCAUUAAUAAUAUAUCGCAUGUGGGCUAUUCGGUGCAAACUACAGGAGAAAAUGCCUUUAAGUUCUAUUGUUUAUUGCAAAAUUGUUCAUUUUUGUAUUCAAGCGAUUCCGUAGGCCUCGAAACGCAUUUUAUGUGUGAACAUGCCCAAGUUAAAUGGAAUGGCUAUUGUUUAAUCUGCCAAACGCAAUGCUUUCCCAAUGCGGAGGCCAGCACAGAGUACUCCAUCACUAAGGAAAUUCAGCAUAUGGUGGAAAAACAUGCCAACAAACAACUGCUGGAACUUAACACAGACUCUACGCAGCAUUCUACCACCUCUAGCCAGGGCAGCGAUGAAAGACCUAAAAUCAAGCUAAGACGUAUGACGGGAGAUUGUCUGUCCCGAGCCACGCCCGAUAUUGAGGUUAAUGAAAGUGCCAGCAAAACCAAUGAUGCACCAGCCAUGUCCAUGUUGGGAGCUUUAUUGGUGGCCAAGCCUAAACCUCCCACAAAGGAUAUGCCACCCCAGCCCCAAAUGCCCUUAACCGAGCCAUUACUAUUGGAUAACAAUACAGAGGACAGACCAUUUAGGAAUGUGAAUGGUGAUUUUGCCAUCACUUCCGUUACUUCGGCCGCCAACAAACAAACUCCUUUACAAAUUUCAAAUGUUGUUAGUUUAAAUCGUCCCACACCCACCAAUACGCCAGAACAAUUACAAAUGCCUAAAAUCUCAAAUGUACGUACUUUGGCGCCAAAGGCCGGCAGCUUAUGGUCACAGCAAAUAGAAAAAGAACGCCAUGAAUUGGUGGAAGCUGCUGCCGAAUCUCUAGAGGUAUCACGCAUUUUGGCAAAUGCCGGAAACCCCUCCACAGAGAGAGAAGUACCUAGAGCUAUGGACGACUCUCCGGUAAUAGUUGCAGAAACGGUGCCAUUAGCUCAAGCCACAACCGGUGAUUUUGUGGUGACUCAAACAGUAUCGGCUCAAUAUAAUGAAUUCUCCUCAGCCGCCUUGGGCUUUAACAUAUCGAUUGCUGCUUCCACAUCUGGUAACUCAACAGCAGCACCAACACCCAACCUAGAAGCCAUACCCUCUAUAACCUCAAGACAAUACAAAUGUAUGGGCAGUGGUUGUAAAUUUGUUAGCCGGGUGCCCGUAGCCAUGAGUGAUCAUCUACGUUUCCAUGAGAGACGCAACUUUUCAAAUAAACAAGAUUACUUGGCUUGUGGUUUCUGUUUCUAUUGUGCCUCUGAUAUUGAAGACUACAUGAAGCAUGCCGACCAGUUUCAUAUAAUAAAUAAAACCGGCUGCCCUUCAGCCCCAGCUGCAGCAAGGGAAACAGACACCGCCACUUCGUUAACGAAAAAAAUACAUGAUAUUUUAAAUAGCAGCAAUAAUACAACACAUGUGCUCAACAGAAAUGUUUACCCAAGUAAUUUCACCAGCCAACACACACCACAAGUGCAGGACACAGAAGAGGUUUAUCUGAAAAAAUUAAGGGAUACCAUAGAUGAAACUGUGGGACCUACGGGAUUAACAGAUGAUAAACUGUAUCGUUGUGUGAUUAAAAGCUGUCACACCCAAUUAACCGAAGGUACUUUCAUCAGUCAUAUCAUGUACCACAUUAGCACCAUGGGCGGCAAUCCCAAUAAUUUUGUCUUCAAAUGUCCCCAUUGUAGGGCCCAAUAUCAACGGCCUGCUGGCAUUAAAGCCCAUAUUAAAAAUCAUGCCCGCAAUCGCUUCUUUUGUUAUAUAUGUGAACAAACCUCCACGAAUCCCGGUCAACUACUAAAACAUUUCUCCGAAAAACACUGGAACACUUUGAAUAUGUAUACCAAAGAAUUGCUUAAGCCCAAAACCUCCACAGAUGGUUCGGAACAAGUGUUGGACUCUGGCUAUUAUGUGGCCUAUACCCAAGAGUUGACGGAUGAUGAGGUUAGGAAAUUUGGCGAAAAGUUGAUAUUGGAAUGGCAGCGUAAAAAAUCCGGUUCUAAGACCCAUUUUAAAUCUAGCGAAAUUGAUUUGUUGCCCUUGCCGGCCAUAUUCCAGCGUGAGGUUAAUUGUGGUGAGUGUAAGUACAAAACUAAGGUGCGCACCAAUAUGGUAAGGCACUUGCAAAUGCAUAAACAAAAUCCCAUGUCCGGCAACAAAACCGGUGCUGCCUCCAAUGUGAAUAGUGUGGAUCCGGUAAAUCCGGUGCCCUGUUUGAAUAGCAGCGAAAGAUUUUUCGAUAAAAUGACCAAUCUCGCCUCCUCUUCUUUAAUACCGUCCACUAGUACGUCGGCGUCGGGGGCGGCAGCGACGUCUGCCACAAAAUCUACUUUCAAAAUCCCUUACUGUUUGUUAGAAAACAAGUGCUACACUUGUGGCUGUUACGGUUGCAAUUAUCAUACAAUAUCUGAGGUACUGUUCCGUACACACAUGUCGACGCUGCACAGUACAGCCACGACAUUUCGUUGCACCUUUUGCCAAGAGCAAGUAUGCAAAAAGGGCAUAACAAUGGAUCGUAUUUUAAAUCAUUUGCGAUUCCAUGGCAGCAUCCUAUAUCGCUGUGAGGAAUGCAAUUAUAUUCACUAUUUGCGCCAUUUUGUGGAGAAACACAUCAAUGACCGGCAUGCCAGCUUAAAGGUGAAUAUUGUCACACAUCAGCGAUCAAGCGAAGAUAAUCCUGAGGGCACUACCACAGCCUUGGCAUAUACAGGUAGAAAAUAUAAAGAAACUUUGGAGACCGAUCAACCGGCCUCAUCAACUUCUACCGCUGUUACACGAUCGUCCAACAGUGAAAGCUCUGUUGCGAAACCAAUAGCUACCUAUGGCAAUACAGCCAACGGCAAAGGUAAAUGGGUGUGUGAUGUGUGUGGUCAGAAGGCAAACACCGUUGGCCAAAUACAAACACAUUGCCAGCAGCAGCACGGUGUUAAGAAUCAAUAUAAAUGUGCUCACUGCAACUUUGGCUCUCAGCAGCUAUCACAAAUUCUGUCCCACAUCGAUGACAAGCAUUCGGGUAAGACGCGUGAAGCCUGCUAUAUGUAUCACAAAUCAGUAAAUACCAGCGAAGAGGUGACCGAUACACGACCCUUGUGGCAGCGAAAUGAUCCUACUCGGGUACGUCACAUCAGAGGUAUUUUAAUGGAAGACGAGGAGUUGGCACUGUCAGAGGAUGUGGAUGAUGAGGAUCAGCAAAUAAAUGUUGAGGAACUAGAUGAAGAAGUGAAUAACUCAAAUUAUUUAUCGGGCUAUGAGUUUGGCUGUUAUCAUUGUGGCUUUAAAACACAAAUGUUUGAGAAUUUAAGGAGUCAACACUAUAUGGCGGUGCAUUGUUGCCAUUUGGAGACGGCGAAACCAUUUUGGUAUCGUCUGCACAGACGUCUCUGCUGUCCCGAAUGUCGUGCAUUCAUCGGCAACAACAGUGAACUGCAACAGCAUCUGCAAAAUGAGCAUAAGAAAACUCGUUUUUAUGCGGCCGAUAUAACAAUGGCCGAAAAUGAAGAUUCCUCGCAAAGAGUUAUGUGUGGUUAUUGUUCAUUUCACUGUUCGGACGCCGAAAGUUUACACAGACAUCACCUCAGGGUGCAGCAUUGGCCCCAGGACAUACGCAUCGACAACGACGAACAGUUUACAGAUAUCUUAGCUUUGGGCAAACCGGAACCAUCCUAUCAAUGUACUCUGUGUGCUGAUGUAUUCCCUAAUCGGGUGGCCAUAGUACAACAUGCCUGUAAUGUGCAUUCGGUAGAGGAAGGCUUUUCCUUUAGGGAGCUGACAAAUGUUCUAAUCUUUCGCUGCAAUAACUGCUGGUUUACCAGCACUAACGAAAUAGAUUUGCUGAGACACAUGAUCGAUCAUUAUAGCCGCUUUAAGAUCUGUAAUUUCUGCAAUCAACACCAAACCUCUUUCAAUGUUUACAUGCAACACUGUUAUGCUGAGCAUAGAAAUGACAUACAACGGUUUCGAACAAUUUAUCCCUUCAGGGAAAUACGCAAGUUUUUGCUGCAAAUGCUACUAGUUUUUCCCAGUGGCCUGGUGCUAAACAAACGCAAUCUUUUGAACACCAAAUAUGGCAGAACAGAGGUAAUCGAUGAGAUUUAUGAGGAAAUAUAUAAAAUAUCACAACAACCUCCCAUACCCAGGCUAUCGAUAGCCCGGUUGGUGGCUCGCAAAUCUAUAGAGGCCCAACAAAAGCCCACUGCCUCGGCACAAGAUGAAGUACUGGAGGCCAUGCAAUCACGUCCUAAACCCAUAUCAAAAAGAAGACGCACCGUGGUGUUGAAUGUGGAAGAUCUUUAUACUAAUAACAGCACAGCACCCUCGUUGCCUAAAGCAAAAGUUUCCAUAAAAGCUGCUGCCCCUAUAGCCAAGAGAAGAACCACAGUGGACCAUGAAAAUUUAGUGACCCAACAGCAGCAGCAACAACAAGAACCCAAUGAGUUUAAUGCACCUUUGCAACAGGCCAAAAUAUCUAAACGUAGACGUACAGUGGCAGUAGAUCGUGACACUUUAUUCUCCACGAAUUUAUCAUCCAACUCAGCACAUUCUUUACUCAUCGAAAAGGAUGUUGUUUCGCAAAAGAAACGCAAAACUUCCCAUACACCCUCACCAAAACACAUACAAGAACCAUAUCCCCUAAAUUUAGACCUGGAACCAUUUUCGUUUUAUGGCCAAACCCCCGAAAAGUUAGAUUUGUCAAAGAUCCAUACUAAAGUGGCUAUAGGCGGCAUACAGACGCCCAUAACCUUGAACAAAUUUAAGCUGCUCGUUAAUAUAGAUUGUCAGCUAAAAUUAACUAAAUGUGAUGAAGAUAGCCAAACCAAUUUAAACUACAAACAAUAUAAACAUAUUAAAAAGGCCUGUCCAGCAAGCCAUAAAUUAAAAUUUAAUAAUUAAACCAUAAGUCAAUCAAACAAUGAUACAAUUUGAUUCGCUUCGAUUUGCUUAAGAAAGUUAUAAACUUUUUUUUUUUUAAAUCAAACCGAUAUAUACUAAAAAUUCGAAUAAGACUCUUUAUUUUGUAAGAAUUUUCCUAAAUGAAAUUAGGAAUUUUUAUUUGUUUUAGUAUUAAGUAAUUUAAAAAAAAAAAUCACUAACAAAUUCAAGUCUGUUAAAUCUAUGAAAUUUGAUUUAAAAAUACUUAAUAAUGUAAUAGUAUUAAAACAACAUAGUUACAAAUAUCCUUGGACACAUAAGGACACCUACACAACAUGAGAACAAAAUUCAGUUGAAAAAUAUUAAUUGAUUUGAGGUUUCAUUAUAUGUGUGUCGUCUCUUCAAUGGUUAUAUGUUUGUUAAAAAUCAAAUUUCGAAUUUCCCUGUAUAUAAACUGAGUUAUUGUUAAGCUUUCCCCGUUUUUUUCCACGCUCUAAUUUUGUUAUGUGUAAAGCGGGAAAAUGUUAAAGGGGAAGGCCUACAAGAUUUUAUAGCCCUGUUAAUAUUUAAGUUAAGUUUUUUUUUAAAAAAAUUUUUUUUGAACAUUUACCAAUUAUUUAAACAUUAAUUUUUUAUAUAAUAAUUAUCAUUAUUAAUAUUAAUAUUUUUAUUAUUUAACUGAAAUAAAUGUAAAUAACUGAGCAACUUA